UUUCAAUUGAUAUCUGAGAUAUAAAUCCUUAUUCACAUCAUUCUGUGGAUUUAUUUGCCCAUUUGUUGUUAAGUCUAUUUCUUGCUUUGAUAUAAGGUCUUAUAUGCAGCUUAUUCUACUGUCUUUCUUUUCUCUUCUUUGGCUGUUGCAGCACUUCUAUGACCUGAGACAUGCUCAUUUUUUUUAGUCCAAACAGGAAUCGUAAUUGGUCCUCCCACUUCUCUUUUCUCUACCCUUCAUUCAAACAUUUCUGCAUUUUUGUCAUAUAUAAUUAGUAUAGUUUUCAUUCAAACUUGGACUUCUAUAAAUUAUUGGAUGUCCCAAAUAAUUUUGAGUUACUUCCCAACUGGAUCUGCCAGUUAAAUGUGGAUAAUUUUCUUUAGUGGCUUACACUUUGGAAAUCAAUUUCUCUUAAAAGUCCUGCCAGUUGGACCAUUAUGUGGAUUACAUCUUCCACUUAUCCUCUAAAGGUAUGAAGAAAAUACCAAAGAGCCAAUUCAGUUAUAGCAAGUUGCCAUAUAUUUUUGGGCUUGAGGGUCCCAGUCUGUAUAUUUGGAACUCAUCCCAACCCUACUUUUAGUAAUACAAAAUGGAGUGGGUCCAGAGAUGUUUGACUUUGUUAUGAGAUAGCUUCUACCCUGCUGCUUUGGCUUGAAAGCUUGUUCCUCAGUAAGUUACAUAGUAAAUCACCAAAUUAGGGAGUAAUCCACACUUUAAGAGUCAUGUAUAUGGUAAAAAGAGUAAUCUACAAUCUUGCAAAAUUGAGUACAAGAGGUACUCCAAAUAGAUCCAGAUCUGCAGGAACAAAGUUGCUUUUUUCAUCAGAGGAAACAGCAGAGGUUAUAAUCCGGCCAAAAGCAAGAGCCUUUUGUAAUAGCACAGAUUUUUCCAAGAAUGAAGCUGAAGUUAUCAAACAUGAAGACAUAUACAGAGAAGCUGGAAAAACAAGAAGUGUCUUUGAUUUCAAAAGUUACAUGGUUCAAAAGAUCAAAUCUGUCAAUCAAGCCUUAGAUGCUGCUGUUCCAAUCAGAGAGCCUAUCAAGUUCCAUGAAGCAAUGAGAUACUCACUCCUUUCCGAAGGCAAGCGGGUUUGUCCUGUACUCUGUAUAGCCGCCUGUGAGCUUGUUGGUGGCCAAGAAUCAACAGCAAUGCCUGCUGCUUGUGGAAUGGAGAUGAUACAUGCUAUGUGUAUGAUGCACGACGACCUUCCCUGCAUGGACAACGAUGAUCUCCGUCGAGGAAAGUUGUCACAUCACAAGGUUUAUGGCGAAAAUGUCACUGUUUUAGCUGGUUAUUCCCUUGUUGCCUUAGCAUUUCAGCAUAUGACAGCAUCCACUAAAGGAGCAGGGCCUCGGCCCUGUAAAGGAGUACACCCGAAAACAAUGGUUCGUGCUGUUGGAGAACUAGCAAGAUUGAUAGGUCCAGAGGGGGCAGCGGCUGGCCAGGUGCUUGACUUGCUGUGUGGAGGUAACUCUGAUACUGGAUUAGAAGAGCUUGAGUAUAUUCAUCGUCACAAGACUGCAGACUUUGCAGAGGCCGCGGCCAUUGUAGGAGCAAUGCUUGGUGGUGCAUCAGAGGAGGAGAUUAAUAGACUUGGGAAAUUCUCCAAGUGUCUUGGACUGCUGUUUCAGGUUGUGGAUGACAUCCUUGAUGUGACUAAAUCCUCUGAGCAAUUAGGAAAGACAGCGGGAAAGGAUUUGUUGGCUAACAAAUUGACGUACCCAAAGAUGAUUGGCAUUGGCAAGUCCAAAGAAUAUGCUCAAAAACUUAACAAGGAGGCCAAGGAACAACUUGCUGGUUUUGAUCCAGAAAAGUCAGCUCCAUUACUUGCUAUGGCAGAUUUCGUUCUUCAUAGGCAAAAAUGAUCUUGUUAGGAUAAUUAUGCCUGUAUUAUUUAACAUUAAUUGUGCACAUUUUAUUUUUCAUGUAAGGACAUAGUAUGGAGUAGAGCUCUUUCAGUUCCUUGAGAUUUAUCUGGAAACAUGAAUGCUGCUUAAUUUGUCCAUCUGAAACUGACUUUUC